UAUUUUCAGAUAGAUUAAGUUUAUACGCAACACUCUGAGUGAAGUAGACAAAACAAGGUAUAAGAUACAUAAGAGUGUAGUAUAACCAAGACAUUGAGUGUUUGUAAAUAAAACUAACAGAGCAAAGACUCUCGAGGGAACGUUACUAAAUUGUUUGUGAAAAUCCAUGUGGUCCAAGUUAGCAACUAAGUCCGACAAGAAAUGGUACUCUAUAGACGGAUGGACAUAGAAGUAAUGCAGAAUACAACGAGUAAGUCGAAAAGGAUACUGAACGUUGACAGUUGUCGCUUUGGGAGUAGUCGAGUAAGGUUGUCGAAACGUAAAGACUGUCAAGGGUGAAUAAAAGAGCCUCGUGACGGAGGGCUUUCGAACAGCCCUGGCGCGGCUGCGACACUGCACCCCACAAGGGGGUUCUCUACCGAAUACACCGAAUCCACCUGCUACCCCUGAGCACAAAAGUCACGGUCAGAUAGAUAACCGUGGCUCGUCAGCAAGGAGUGCUGGCAGUGCAAAGAAUUGCAGUAGCGAUUUUGGUGGGUCGCAGUCGUCGCCGAUACGAGGAAUUGGAUGCAAUGCGACUGAAAGCUAUAGUAAGGAUACCGAUCUUCUGGCACACGCAGCUUCUGCUCUCCGUAGGUUACAUUUCAAAUCAGCUGGUGGAAGUCGCAGCUGUCGUACCGUACCAAAAGUAGUGAUCAUGGGGUCUAGCACUGCCUCCGAAACAACGAUUAACACCAGCACUGACAGUGUCAAUACUCAAGUAACUCUGAUAACGACGACGGACAGUGAGCAGCAUGAUGAUAGUAUGGAUUUAGCAGAUGAUUCACUAGAAUUAUCACCACCCGCUGUCUCAAAUUCAACAUCAACCAUAGCGAAGAGUGGAGGAAAAGAUGCAGAAGCUUCCUUUAAGAACUCAACAAUAUUCAUUUCCCAGCACACUACUGGUCCAACAACUCAGUCACCUCCAUCACAAACGUUAUUCAACAAUGAAAUUAGUUCAGUUAAUGGAGUUGGGGCACCCCCACCUACUCCCUUAAUUGGAGCACGUCAUGAGAGUAAAUUUUUAUUCAAUGUCGGACGAACUCCUGCACUGCCUGAUCUCCGAACUGCCGAAUUUUUUAGUACACCUGUGCGAGGCUCUGUGGACGCAGGACAGCCAAAUUCGAAUCAGUUGAAUUCCAUGCUUGCUUUGAUAGCGGCAAAAGAAAAUGCCUCGACUAUUGAAGAAGAAACAUCAAACCACAUAAAUCCAGCGAGUAAUACGACGGUGAAAAGUCCGGAGCCACUACAGCAGUCUGUUGAACGAGAUAAAUCCUCUAACGGUGGUGGCAGUGCAGGAAAGAUGCAGAAGACAUCAAAACCAAGUAUAAAUGUCACAACAAAUCCACUUGAUAUUUCACUCUGUGCAGCACAACCCCCUUGUGAAGUUACGCAACCGUCCACUGGUUCCAAGGGUCGAUGUAAACCACCAGGUACUAGCGGAGGGACCAAAAGAACAGCUCAAGCAACUAUUGUCGUACAGCAACCGUCACUAUCGUUAGACGCACCCGCUGCGACUAUACUUCUUCGUCCUGACGUUGACGCUUGUCGUCGAGAAGAAAAUAUGAGACAAUUGCUUGACGUUACUCAGACACUAACUCUUCAAGAGAUUCACGACUUUGAAAUGAGGUAUGGAAGUCCACAUCAUAGUAGAUCACAGUCAGUGAAGACACCCGGAAGCAGAUCAUCAGGACGUCCAAAUUACUUGUGUCUUCCCCAACAAAGAUCAAGAGUCGCUAGUAUGCCGAACACGGGCGUGGAAGAAGAAUACUACAGGCUAAGACAUUUCAGUAUAACUGGAAAGGGUAUCGUUAAUCGUGGUGAUUCUCUUAAAAGCCGAAGAUCUCGCUCUAACAAUAGUGUGGCUUCCAGCAACUCAAGCACGGAACAUUUAACUGCCUCUUAUCCUGGUUCAGCGAGAAAUUCAGCUGCUGGCUCAUUAGCGAGCUCUAGAGAAAGCAGUGCAUCUCAAGGUUCAGUACCUUACAAAAUCUUAAUGCUUGGCGCACCAUCAGUUGGCAAGAGUUCUAUUGUAUCACAGUUCAUGACUUCUGAGUAUCUGCAUGCUUACGAUACUUCCAUUGCUAUGUAUGUUGCAGACGAUGAAUCAGGGGAAAAAACAGUGAGUGUUCUUUUGGCUGAUGAAGAAUCUGAGUUGACUUUCAUUGAUCACCCAUCUGCUGAAAUGACGCCGGAAAACUGUAUAGCUACUUAUGAACCACAAGCGUAUUGUAUCGUUUAUUCGACAACAGACAGAGCUUCGGUGAGAGUAGCAGAAGAAGUUCUACAGACACUUUGGAGAAGUGACCUCGUAUCUGCGAGAGCUGUUAUUUUAGUUGGAAAUAAAGUCGACCUCGUUCGGAGUCGCUCUGUUGCUACUGAAGAAGGUAAAUCCAUGGCGAUAUCAUACGACUGCAAGUUCAUUGAGACUUCUGUAGGAAUAAACCACAACGUAGAUGAGCUCCUUGUGGGAUUACUGACGCAAAUACGAUUGAAACUAGAAAAUCCCGAGAGAACACGAGAUCUAUUCCAUAAGAGGUCGAGGAAAAACCGCAGCAGAUCACCUUUGGGUUCAUGUUCUGAGAACAACUCACCUAAGAAAUACCGUGGCAGUCGCACAAGUGCUAGUCUCAAAGUACGUAGUUUACUGGGUAAAGUUUGGGCAAGAGAUAGUAAAUCCAAAAGUUGCGAGAAUUUACAUGUUUUGUAAAAUAUUUUUGUCAAUUCUAUGGAUUUUAUUCUUGACCAAUUGAGAAUGUUGAUUUAUUUCAAUAAUUUUUUGUAACCAAGACUGAAUUUAAGAUUUUAGAAUUACAAAGUAUUCAACUCAUGACUCGUUUCUUUGUUGUUGUUUUUUUUUUUUUUUUUUUUAACUUAUUUACAUAAAUUUUUAAUGUAUUGCUCGUGAAAAAUUAAAUCAAAAAACUUACAUUUAAAAUUGAAAAUGUAAUUCGCGACACUAAUAAGCAUAGGCCCUUAUAACUCUGCAGAACCAAAAGAGCGUAUAAGAAAUUUUUUCCCUCCGAUCGCCUUAAGAAUAUAUUAAAAAUAUAAAAAAGUUUUUUAUCUGUACUUUUGGUUUUUCCGAGUCAAAAAAGUGUAAAAUUUACGAUACGCACGUUUUGGAAUUAACAACGCGAUAUGUUCCUACGGAAAAGUUAUAUAUCCGUAAGUAUAGACUGGUAAUGUAUUCAAGGAUGUAUUCUGGGAUAUAUUCAAAUUAGCCAAAAUAUCUAUAAUUGGACAUAUGUGUAUCGUAUAUAUUCAAGGUUGGUUCUGGGGAUACUAAAAUUAAAGUAAACAUCAUCGUCAUUUGGUUGAGAAUACAAAACAUAUAUAAAGCUUUGCAAUCAAGAACGAAUUUGACAGAUAUUUGCCCUCUGUCAAAAUUUCUAGAUACUAAACGAUGCGUACAUAUCCGAGUAUAAAUUUCUAGGCAAACUUGAAUAUACCUUAGAACAUAUCCUAAGAUAUAUUCUCAGUAUAUAUUUACGGAUAAAAAAUUUUUCCGUGUUAGGAAUGUAUUUAUUUAAAAUAUCUAAUGAAUUUCGGUAGUCUGUGAUUCAAGAGACUAUAUAUUAACUCUGGGCUAACUGUAUUUAAAGAAAAUAAAUAAAUUGCUUAAGCACAGCAAAAUUAAACUAACCAAAAUAAAUAAAAAAGAUACAAUGUAUAUUCAGUUGUUUAUCUUUCAAAUUACGAAAAGAGAUAGCUUUUUUUAUUUAUUUGUCGACUACUUGCACUGGUAAAUUUUUUGUUAAAACUUAUAUUAACUGUUAAAAAAGUAAAAAAAAAAAUUGUUCAUCCUAAUAAUUUUAAUUUUUAAUUAACUCUGGAAAUUACUUUCUUAGGAUUAAAAAUACCGGUAAUACAAAAGAGCAUGAUAAUGAAGAAUUAGGAACAAUAAAAAACGAGACCCGAGUAAUAAGUAUAAAAGUCGAUUAAAUGUGUGAAAUUACAAUGAUGUUGAAUGGUGGCAAUUAAAUAAGUAGCCUUGACGAUAAAAAAGUUUUAAAAAAGAUAAAAAAAAAUAAUAUUAUUCAAAAUCAAUCAUUUUUUAAUCCAAAUCAUUUCUAAUACGCUUGAAUUAACGUGAUCAGUUUACAUUAAUUAAGCAAUUAAUAAAUCGAUAAUGCAAUAUAUUUAAUAU